AUGGACAUGGCCGAGGACCUAAGUGCCAGCGACCGACGGAACUGCCGUGAGCAGUACAACGCAACCUUCAAACGUGCUUCGUGGCUGGGUGUCCCAGCAGCCUUCUUGCAGCAGAUGGCGGUUUGUGGCAGGUGUACCGUGUGUGCCGCCUUCGCCAAGGUCCGCAGCCUGUGGCAAAAGAUCAAGAUGGCGGUAAGGAAGGUUGUGGCGAAGCUCCAAGCCAUCAAGCAGUACCUUUUCGGGUACAGCUACGCCCCGUCCUCCGUUCGAGAGGAGAUGCAGCAGCGUUUUGAUGCGUACUUCCCCACCAGCCACCAGAACAGUUCCUUGUUGGAGGCGCACGAAGCAGACACAGCAGAAGAGGCGGAUCACCUGAGAAUGGUGGAAGACGCCUUGUGGAAGCAGUUGGCAACCAAGCCCCAGGCGGAGGCAGAGCGCCAUCUCUCUCUGUUGCAGCAGAAGCUGGAGCAGGCAGAGCUUGGCGAGGAGGAGCUGCUGGCCAAAGCUCGGCACAACGUUGAGUCGGAGACCGUGAAGCAGCAGCAGCAGUUUGAGCAGAAGUUGCCAGGCAUGAAGCACAACAAGGACUGCCGCGAGGUCCUUGAGGCUUCUUCCCGGAGCGUGGUUCUGUCGCUGUCCUUGGUUGUUGCCUUCCCGAACAUUGGCGCCGCCAUUGUUCAUGCUGUGUCUUUGAACAUUGUCGGAGCGCUACACUCCCUGAUUCCCAGCGUCUCCAUCACCGCCUCCCCUUCCAACGGCCUGCUUCGAAGUUCCACGGAUCGAUGCUUGGAAGCUUUGCGCGAGGCUCGCGAGCCCUACCUCGACAAAUGCACGCACGAGGCCCCACUGAUGGCAUGCGCGGCGAGGACGUACCAGCGGCUGAUGCAAGGUGCGCUCUCGCAGCAAUGGUGGCCGCUGAUGCACAAUGCUGCGGGGACCUUCGGGUCUAUCGACCUGGGGUACAGCUACGACAGCCUCAUGAGCUCCCUGAAGUGUGCCGGAAAGGGUAGCUGCCUUGACAUGGGCUUGGCAGAUUUGGAGAAGGAGGAGAGGUCCUGGGGGCAUGCUGGGUCGCAGUUACACAGCAAAGCUAUGUCUGGCUUUGAUGGUGUGCAUGUGCACUCUCUAUUUUCUUUCUUGUGGCCCAUCCGUCCCUCAAUCUUUGUCUUGAUCUCGCUAAUCUCGCUCUCUCGGUCUUCUUGUGCUUGUUGA